AUGACAUCAGAAGCGAGCAGCACAAAGACUCCUGAGCCUUCAACUCCGGUCUUCGUCGCCUAUUAUCCUGAAAACUUCUCAAACUCUCCUCGAGAAGUUUACAGGUAAAAAAAACUCAUUGAAAAAAGAAAAAAUAUUGCUUCAGGACUCUAAAAGAUGCGACAAAGUUUGUCACUUCACCAGAGGGAAAGACAAAUGGUAAGCUUUUUUCUUAGCUAGAAAGUAAACUCAAAUAAUAUUUCAAGGCGCUCGUUUUAAACGUUUCGGAACCCCACAAGACGCUCUGAGGUUUCUAGCGGCUGGCGAUGCUCUUGUGUCUCCAAGAAGGGUCACAGAUGCGCCGGCAACACCUUCCGGUUAUUAAAAAGAUAGAAAAAAAUAACUGAUAGUCUUAAUCAGAACCAGUAAUUCCGUUCCCAUCAUUGACUCGGAUUCAAAUGAACGAUUUGAAAAGGGCGAUCGAUAAAGGGAAUCUAGAAGUUUUCAAGUUGGUGUUGAAAAACUGAAAAUGAUAAUUAUUUUUGAAUUUCAGUACUUUGGUUGAAUCAAAUCCUCGUUAUAUUGUCAAUUCGAGUGGAGACGUUGCCUCGAUUGUUAUGGUUGGUUUUGAAUUAUUUUUUGAAACGAGUUUUUAGUUUUAGGAGGGUUUCCGAUACAACGCGUUGCACAUUGCCGCGAAAGCCGGCCAAGUCGAAAUUAUCCGGUCUUUACUCGAACAUUUACACGAUCUUCACUAUCUCACCUCUCUAUACGCUACCAAUGAGGAAGACGUCGUUUUCCGGCAAAGAAAUAUCAUUGAUUCGUAUUUAAACACACCUGACAAGGUUUUUCUUUUUUUGAGGGGGAAAAUAAUGGAAUAUUCUAGGGAAAUUGCGACACUCCACUGCAUUUGGCUUCGAAAUUCGGAAAAGUCGACGUUGUUGAAGUUUUGUGCGCCGAGAAGCUUUUGGACAGAAAUGUGAUGAAUAAGUUGGUUUUUAAAAAUCUUAGAUUUGACUUUUUUGAUGUUUUAAUUGAAGAUAUGUGAGGCAGAAGUUAGAAGUUAGAAAGUCAUGACAAAUUUAAAGGAAAAAUUGGAAUUUCCAUCUAAGGUCUUGAAAGUCAAGUCAAAAAUUUUACUACAGAAAUAAAAAUUUCCCCAUUUUAUCAGUGAUAUUACGCCAAAAUUUCCACUAAAAAGCCGAAAUAAAGGAUGUUAGAAGUGAAUAAAAUAUUUUCCAGCGCCAAAAUUUCGAAAAAUUAUACCUACUGAAAGGAUUUUGACCUUAAAUUUUUCACUUAUUUAGAAAAAAAUCCCUUUAUUUUUUUCUCUUGCAAGUUCUUCAAAUCGGAAUUUUUUUCUAGGGAAGGUGUGACUCCAGUACAAGUGGCAGCGGCCCGUUACAACGAGGCUGAUAAGUCGGAAGUCAAGAAGAAAAUUGAGCUUCUGCUUCAGGUUUCUUGAAACAAAACUACAAAAUUACCAAAUUUUUCCAGGGCUACUACGUGGCUCUGUACAAAGUCGAAGAGCAAAUGCCGAAAAUUGUCGUUUCUCAGAGUUUUCCCGAGCUUAUUCUGGGUGCUAAGGUGGGAAAUUACUGUGAAAAUUACAUCAAAUUUAAUUUUUAGCUAAUCGCAGCGUCACCGAAUCGUUCUUCAGAAUUCCGUCUGAGCGCUUAUAUCGGACUUUUUCCAUCUUUAGCGUCGGCUGAGGAUUUUCAGAGAAAAUGGCUGGCGUCUGGACGGGAAAUCAAGAGAUCCGAUCCAGAUAAGGUAGAAUAUAACAUCUAAUUUAAGGAAGAAAAAAACCAAAAAUCAAUUUUUUUAAGUCCCAAAGGCGUAUUGAAUGUCAUUGAAAGCGCGAAUAAAUUUCAUCAAAGAAAGUUCUGAAAAAAAUGAUUAUAAAAAAAGUAGAAAAAAAUAUUUUUUUUGUAGCUUAAAACGCCUUGGUCGCAUUCAGAAUGGCUCAUUGCGUCGCGGUCGCGCUGCGGUCCGAGUUUGAUCUUAAUACUUAAAAUGCCAUGGCGCGUGAGCCGUAUCUAGUCGGGCGCGGGUUUUUUUGUGAUUUCUUCAGGCGUUGAAUUAUUAUCAGUGUACAUCUUGAGGUCAAAACAUUUGAGAAAAACUAAAAAACAAUCUAAUAAGGUCCAAAAUUACCUAAAAAUUUGGAAACUGAAAAAAAAUGAAAUAAAACCUCAUACACUUUAGGGCUACGAGCGCGUCGGUCGUGAGUUGCAAAACUCGACAAAUUUCCGACUGAAUUGGGCGGAAACCUGGAGUUUUUUGCCCGAAGUUGGCCCGUUCGACGCGGCUUCGGAUAGCGGUUUGGCCAAGAUCAACGAAUAUUUCAUCAAAGAGUCGAAAAGAAGAAGAUCUCCAAAUAAAGGCGCCGGAGAUCAUUUGACGCCUUCUAAUGAUCCGGUCAGAAGGAAACUUCUUUUUGAUGAAGGUAAAGGGAUUUUUCUCCAAGGCGCAAGUCGCUUAGGGUCGGGUUUGAUUAUAGGAAAACGUUUUUGGAAAUAAUCGAAAUUUUUCAUAAUUUUUCUUGAAAUUGCAAUGACUAAUCAUUCAUUUUCAUUUGACUCGAAAUUUGGAAUUGCUCGCUGUGAUUAGCUUUAAUGAUUCCCAAUGCCACCACGCGAAAGUCGUUUUUGGUCGGAUGCGUCUCACGGGCUUUUAAUCUGAAGAGAAUGAGUUUUAAAACUUAGAAAGUUGAAGUUAACCUGUUAGAAAAAGAAGCAAAUUAACUUUUUUCAAUCAAAUCAAUAAUUUCUGACUUCUCCAGAAGUCGAAGAAGAGGAGGAGACGUUCUACGACGCUGAAGACGUCAACGAGUACAUCGACAACUUCUUGAACGAUUCCCUGGCCAGUCUUGGAGAUCGGUUCGCCUCGAUGAGUUUGUCGUCGCCGGUUAGGAGAGGGAUACCGGAAAAUGAAGUGUUAGUAAUUUUUGAAGACAUCUGGGCCUUUAGAAAUGUAACUGACUAGUGAGAAUAGCGCUUGAGAUAAAUAUGCAGCGUUUUCCUUCAAAAGUUCUUAUACCUCUGAUUUUUUUUAAGGUAGACUGUUUAGUAGGUUAGCUCUAUAGAAUGCAGAUUUCACCUCAAAUUCGUUUUUCUACUGCCCAUUUACCUUUCAACUGCGUCUGAAUGAAGAUUUACGGCCUACAAUUCAGCGAAAAAACAGAAAACUUCAAAAUUUUGAUUUCCAGUCAAUUUGUAGCAAACAAGAUUUCAUUAUCCGGGUAAAAAUUAAUUUUUAAAUCUUGAUUCAUGGGCCCUAUGAACUCACCUUUCUGAAUUUCUCACCUUUUUCUUGAAGUGAUGAAGACGUCGUGAGUUCUGAAGACCUGUGGAUCUUCGAAACGCCGCCUUCGUCUCCGCCCGCAACUUAUGUCGCUGAUAUCCUUCCGACUAAGGUGUUGCGAAGUUUUUUUCAGAAGACUCUUCAGUUUUUUUGAUGAAAUUUUUUUGAUGAAACCAUUUUUUUAUUUAUUUAUAUAUAGCUUUUUGAUUAAGCUUUUUUUUAAGUUUCAUGUUCCUCUCCUUCUUUUUACUUUCUUCUUUGAUCUUUGAAUGUUUCAAAUCUUCCAAGGUUUCUCAAAUUCAAACUUCCUUUUAAAAAAAUCCUGUGUUUAUAACUCUAUUUUUACAAAAUUUAUAAUUAUUCCAGGUGGAUAACGACUUAUUCUUGGCGAUUUCAACCGUACCAAAAGAAACCCUACAGAAAUAUCCAAUGGUUGAUUUUUUCGUCGACAAACUUGAGAGGUUUUGAAAUUCCUUUAAGAAGUGAAAAUGAAUAAAAUUUCCAGAAUCGGCUCGAAAGCCCGAUCCGAAUGGCCCAUGCUCGACUCUCCACGUCACGUCAAAACACCGAGAAAAUCAAGAUUCCUAUAA